AUGCCACCGCCUGUUGGCAGAUACGGGCCAUCGGCCUUGAAUACGCCCUUUGGCCAUCUUCAACAAGCUCACCAGUUACAACAGCAGUCACAGCAACAGCAAUCGCAAACUCAACACCAUGCCGCUCACACACAAUCGGUCAACGCUGGACUUCCGCCUCCUUCAUUAGGUGGCCACCCUGGCUUUAGCGCAGUUGCUUCCAGCUCGACUGCCAAUCCAUUCGCACUCGCUGCUUCAUCUGUGACAAAUGGUGUUUCGGUCGGUGGGUUUGGUGCUGGCGCCGAUGCCAGCAACGGUACGGGACUUGCCAGUCACGCAGCACAAAUGGGAUUUGUUCGAGGUGCGCAAAUGCAGCAGCAGCAAUUACAUCAAGCGCAGGACGGGAGGUUAGUGCUAGAGGGCAAGGGCAGUGCUAUAAAGACUCGAAUUCGCGACGUUUGGAAACAUAACCUAGCACAAGAGAUGGCUGUGUUGAGACGGUUGGUGGAGCGGUAUCCAUAUAUCAGCAUGGAUACCGAGUUUCCCGGUAUCGUUGCUCGGCCUAUGGGAGCUUUCACUACUAAAGCAGACUAUCACUACCAAACACUUCGCUGUAAUGUCGAUCUGCUCAAGAUGAUCCAGCUCGGUAUUACGUUAUUUUCUCCAGAAGGCGAACUGCCACCCGCAACGCCAGCGGAAGCCAAUGGACAAGGAUAUGCCAGCAACUACAGCCCAGCUCCGUGUACAUGGCAAUUUAACUUCCGUUUCUCGUUAGAGGACGACAUGUACGCUCAAGAUUCAACAAGCAUGCUAGCCAAGGCCGGUAUCGACUUCUCCAUGCACGAGAAAAAUGGCAUUGAUCCCUUUGAAUUUGGCUCUCUUUUGAUGAGCUCUGGGCUAGUUCUGCUAGACGACGUUCAUUGGAUAUCAUUCCAUUCUGGCUACGAUUUUGGCUACUUGAUGAAAAUCAUGCUUUGCAAGGCGCUACCGGAAGACGAAGGGGAAUUUCACAAACUCCUAAGGAUUUUCUUCCCAUCUCUGUACGAUAUCAAGUACCUUAUGAAACAUGCAGGCCGAAAUCAGGCUGUGAAUGACUCCCCUUUAACACCAGCGGCGCUUCAGGUGAUCAAUAAUUUGGGUCAGAAGUCCGGUCUACAAGACAUUGCCGACGAGCUUGGUGUCAAGCGUGUGGGUAUCGCUCACCAGGCCGGAUCUGAUUCCCUCGUGACCGGCGAGAUAUACUGGAAAAUGCGACAGGUGGUAUUCAACGGAACAAUCGACGAAUCGAAGUACUCAGGCCAAGUAUGGGGUCUGAAUGGGCAAGUACCAGCCAUGACGACCUACUACGGCACCAACCCUGCGCAACAAACACCUAAUCUAAACGGCGCAACAAUCUACUCCACUGUCGGAACUCCUAGCACUCCGAAUAACGCAACGAAUGCAGGCGGCAGUGCUCAAACACCACAGCAUAUUGGAGCUGGAGCUUUGACUCCUGGUGGAGGAGGCGGAGUUUUCGGGGCGUUUCAGAUGGGGAAAUCAUAA